CGGACUCGGAAAUUUCGGCGGUGUUGUGUGGCUGUCACAGCCUUUUUCCACGUUUUUUCCUAUUGGCACAUUUUUUUGCUAUUGUCAUUAUUUCUGCUGGUGUGUCAAUUGCAAUUGACAAUUGAACGAAAAAUCGUGCGUAUUUCGGGUGCUUUGUGGGAGCUUCUUUGUUUCUGCGGCAGCAAUCACUGCGAUAAAACCGGCGAAUUGGACAAACCACAUACGCGAAAAUGGAGGCACAGAAAUUGACGGAACUGUUGCGCGCAACGAUUGAUCCGAAUCCCGAGCAAAGGAAAGCAGCCGAGGACCAAUUGGCACAAAUACACAAAAUCAUUGGUUUUGUGCCGACUAUAUUGCAAAUCGUCAUGCAAACAUCGCUCGACCAGCCAGUUCGUCAAGCCGGCGCUGUUUAUCUAAAGAAUCUUAUCAAUAGCAGCUGGUCGGAUCAUGAAACCAAGCCCGGCGAGCCGAUACCAUUCUCCAUUCACGAGCAGGAUCGCGCCAUGAUUCGCGGAUCCAUUGUCGAUGCUAUUGUCCACGCUCCAGAGCUCAUCAGAGUUCAGCUGUCUGUGUGUGUGAAUCACAUCAUCAAGAGUGAUUUCCCCGGACGUUGGCCACAGGUGGUUGACAACAUUAGCAUCUAUUUGCAAAAUCCUGAUGUGAAUGGCUGGAAUGGCGCUUUGGUCACCAUGUAUCAGUUGGUCAAAACGUACGAAUACAAACGUUUCGAGGAGCGUACACCACUUAAUGAGGCAAUGAAUCUGUUGUUGCCCAUGAUUUAUCAGCUGAUGAUGACGCUGCUCAACGAUCAGUCGGAGCAAUCGGUGUUGCUGCAAAAGCAAAUACUCAAAAUCUAUUAUGCACUGACACAGUACAGUUUGCCGCUAGAUCUCAUCACUAAGGAAAUUUUCUCCCAAUGGAUGGAAAUUUGCCGGCAGAUUGCAGAUCGCGCUGUGCCCGAUUGUUCGCAUUUGGAUGAUGAUGAACGGACUGAAUUCCCCUACUGGAAGACAAAGAAAUGGGCGCUGCACAUCAUGGUGCGCAUGUUUGAGCGUUAUGGCAGUCCCACCAGUCUUGUUAGCGAAAAGUACCAGAAGUUUGCGGAAUGGUAUCUGCCAACCUUCAGUUCUGGCGUAUUAGAAGUCCUACUUAAGAUCUUGGAUCAAUAUCGCAAUCGCGUCUAUGUUUCGCCUCGUGUGCUCACAGAUGUGCUGAAUUAUCUAAAAAUAGCUGUGAGCCAUGCUUACACCUGGAAGCUGAUAAAGCCGCACAUGGUGGCAGUCAUUCAAGAUGUCAUAUUCCCUAUCAUGUCAUUUACCGACUCUGAUCAGGAGCUGUGGGAAAGCGACCCCUACGAGUACAUUCGCCUCAAGUUUGAUAUCUUUGAGGAUUAUGCUACUCCAGUGCCAGCUGCCCAAUCUCUGUUGCAUUCCGUUUGCAAAAAACGCAAAGGCAUCUUGCCCAAGGCAAUGAGCACCAUUAUGCAAAUAAUUACCUCGCCCAAUGCUGAUAACAAGCAGAAGGAUGGUGCUCUGCAUAUGAUUGGCACUCUCGCAGAUGUGCUAUUGAAGAAGGCCCUAUAUCGUGAUCAAGUGGAGUCUAUGCUCACCACCUAUGUCUUUCCGGAAUUCCAGAAUCCGGCCGGUCAUAUGCGUGCUCGUGCCUGUUGGGUAUUGCACUAUUUCUGCGACGUUCAAAUCAAGAAUCCUCAGGUGCUGGCCGAAACGAUGCGCCUAACCACGAAUGCCUUGCUCACCGAUAAAGAGCUGCCGGUUAAGGUGGAGGCCGCCAUUGGCCUGCAAAUGUUCCUAUCAUCGCAGGAUGAGGCACCUCAGUAUGUGUCAUCGCAAAUCAAAGAGAUUACUAAAGAAUUGUUGACCAUCAUACGUGAAACGGAAAACGAAGACUUGACCAAUGUCAUGCAAAAGAUUGUCUGCACAUUUACGGAACAACUGCUCCCAGUUGCAACGGAAAUCUGUCAGCAUUUGGCAACAACAUUCAGUCAAGUGUUGGAGUCGGAGGAAGGUUCCGAUGAGAAGGCAAUCACAGCAAUGGGUUUGCUUAACACGAUAGAAACACUGCUCAGUGUUAUGGAGGAACAUCCGGAUGUGUUGCUCAAUCUGCAUCCAAUUGUUAUCAAUGUAGUCGGUCAUAUAUUCCAGCACAACAUUACGGAUUUCUAUGAGGAAACCUUUUCGUUGGUUUACGAUUUAACGUCCAAGGCAAUUUCGGCCGAAAUGUGGCAGAUGCUCGAACUUAUCUAUCAGGUCUUUAAAAAGGAUGGUGUGGAUUAUUUUAUUGAUAUUAUGCCGGCAUUACACAACUAUGUAACCGUUGAUACACCAGCGUUCCUGUCGAAUCCAAAUCGCUUACUGGCCAUUUUGGACAUGUGCAAAACUAUGCUAACUGGCAGCCCUGGCGAGGAUCCCGAAUGCCAUGCCGCCAAAUUGAUGGAGGUGAUUUUAUUGCAGUGCAAGGGACAAAUUGAUUCUGUGGUCCAUGUGUUUGUUGAAUUGGCGUUGUCGCGUUUGACACGCGAGGUGCAAUCGUCGGAGUUGCGCACCAUGUGCUUGCAGGUGGUCAUCGCUGCACUGUAUUAUAAUCCACAGCUAUUACUCUCCAUUCUGGACAAGAUGUCGCAAACCAGUGAAGAACCAAUUGCCUCGCAUUUCAUUAAACAAUGGCUACACGAUACGGACUGCUUCUUGGGCAUUCACGAUCGUAAACUCUGCGUGCUUGGUCUGUGUACACUAAUCUCCUUGGGGGAUGCCAAACCACAAGUGCUAAGCGAGGUUGCGGACAAGAUUGUGCCGUCACUGAUAUUGCUGUUCGAUGGCCUCAAGCGUGCCUAUGAAUCGCGUGCCCAGGAAGAGGAAGAGGAGGAAGAAGAAGAGGGUGGUGAUGAUUGCGAAGAGGCUCUUUCGAGCGAUGAAGACGAGAUGGAUGAAAUGGCGCCCAACUAUUUGGAUAAACUAGCCGAUUUCGCAAAAACGAAAGGAAGUGCAGCUGGCUUUGAGGUAAAAGCUGAGCUGAAGGAUGACGAGGAAGAUUCCGACGAUGAGGCGGAGGAAUCUGUUGGUGAUUUAAAUGAAACUGGCCUCGAAACAUUCACCACGCCCAUUGAUGACGAAGAGAACGAAACUGCUAUCGAUGAAUAUUGGACAUUUAAGGAAGUUAUUACCGCACUUUCUGCACAAGAUCAGGCCUGGUAUUCGCUGCUGACCUCAAACCUGACACCCGAACAGGCUAAAGCACUUCAGGAGGUGGUCGUGACAGCUGAUCAACGCAAGGCUGCCAAAGAAUCGAAACUGAUUGAGAAACAGGGUGGAUUCGCAUUCCCCCAGACAACUGUGCCCACAUCGUUUAAGUUUGGCUCUUAAAAAGUAGCUGCUGUACACUGACACUUUGUACCAUCUUUCUGACUUCAUUGUUUCUCAUAUUCUUUCCAAAAAUCAACACUUGAUGUAAUAUGACUGUUCAAGCAUUCUCUAGAUUCUCGUACAUCUUGAGUACGACUCACAUUCAACAUACGUUUAUAUACAUAAACAUAGAUAUAUGUUGCAUGCUUCAAAGGUAGCGGUCGGCGAAGAGGCGGGCAAGUGGGACAUGAUCGCUUUAUAUAUUUAUUGUAGAUUUAUAUUUUAAAUUUCUAUUCUUGGCAAGUCGAUGCCAACUAAAUUAUGAUAAAACUUAAGUUGAAAUCUAUUGUAUAUCAUCAUUAUGCGUGUGUGUGAAUAUUACGAAAACUACUUGGAUGUCGCCGCCUCAUGGAAUGAGAUUGCGUCAAGCUUGCUGAGCACACUCCAAAAACGAAACACAAUUGGUUAGAGAAUGAGAAUUUAACGCAGAGCAUUUCAAUUACACUGUCUUUACGACACACCCCCCCACACACAACACACACACGAGAACACACAUUAAAUGUACCAGAUGGAGAGAUAUUUUUGAAAAAUAAAAAACAUUUUUAACGUUUGAA